AUGGAUAUUUCUACUACUGAUUGUGAAAACAAAACAUCUGUGAGUUUUGUAUAAUUUUGAAUCAAAUUUGCAUUUCUGAUUUUUCAGACAACAAUAACCGAUAUUCCGCUUGAAAUCCUUGAGAAGAUUUACACUUAUUUGGAAUCAAUCGAUAUUGUCAGAUUGCGAAGUGUUUCAAAACAAAUUCAAGAAUUUCUAGACUCACUUGAUAGAACAGAAAGGUUAGUAAAAAGAAGGAAAAUUGAAAGCUUCUUAUUCCUAUAGAGUUAACACAAGUUCUGAAUUUUAGGAAAACUUACUUCCAAGCUCAACCUUAAAUAAAAAAAAUGUUUUUUUUUCAGUUUGGUUGACUCCAAUGUUAUUCCCGUUCUUCACUUUGGAAUAAAAAAUAACAACAUUGAAGUUAUGAAUGACUACAUUCCGAAAUACAAGCGCGAUCCAGUGAAAUACCCCCCAGAAGAUUUUGCUGUUUUUCCAAUAACCGGAAUUCGUCAACUCAAUUGGUAUCGACCAAUUUGGUUAACAUAUGAGAAUUCAACAAUUCUCGAAUCAUCCUUGGAUUUAACAGAUUUUUUGGAAAAUGUUCAAGAUUUAACAAUCGCGCAUAUUUUAAACACUAUCGACCCAAUUGUUCGAGAAAGACGCCUGGAGAAUUUUUGCUGCAAACUUCGAAAUAUGCAAAACUUUGCAAGAUUUUAUUGUAGUGAUGUGAAUCUGACAUUGGAGGAGCUCGAAAAAAUUGUGCAGAGUCUCAAAUUCAAUUCAGAGAGAGGAGAUAUGCUUUAUUUGGGCUUAAAUGGAAACAUCCCAUUUUACAAAAAAUCGAUGAUGUCUACAAUUUUGGAAAAAACUCAGAUGGCCGCUCACGUACAUAUUGAUAGUUGUUAUAAGAUUGAACGCGAUUUUGACGAGGAAGAUUAUGAGGGAAUCGAACUGUUCCUGAAAACUCAGGUUUGUUGGGUUUCUGCUUUUUGCGAAUUUUAAAAAUUCAAUUAUUUUUUAUAUAAACAUUUUUCAGAGACCUUCUGAUUCUUCAAAACUGCUGAAUCUCAAGAUUUGCCCAGAAUCAGUUUGUGCUAAAUUGAUUGAAUUAUCGCACAAAUGGUUUGGACAUGGUGAAACAGAACCUGGAAUAAUUAAACAUGGAAAAAACACUCUUAUUUUCUGUGAUUACGAUUUUAUUGAUUGA